AUGCUUGGAAGUAUCUCGCGUCUGCGAAUGACGACCCCGGAGAGUCAAGCUGCGCCUGUUCCCGCGGAGGUCGCGCCAAUAUCGCGGAUGCCCGAUGAGGUAUUGGACUUGUUCUUCUCUGUUGUCGCCGUCUCGGAGCCCGUCCGCGGGAUCCACGAUAUAUCCCAAGCACACCCAGACACAAGACAGCCUACAUACAUCGAAUGUCUGGGUUGGCUGCGUCUUUCCGCCGUUUGCCGUCGCUGGCGUGCUCUUAUCUUAGCUUCAAGCGCGUUAUGGGCCAGCGUUGUAUUCUCUAUUCCAUCACCGGAGAUGGCUUUGCAAGCCCUGUCCAGAUCUGGACAGUCUCCUCUCGAUAUGCGCAUUCCUGCCGAAAGGAUCACCGCUUGGCGCCUUUCCGGAGAGAACCAGAGCUCAAAGAAGUGGGGACCACCGCAUGCCCAUCGCGAACGUUUGACGAACCUUGCCGCCACUCAUGCUACGCGGAUGUCGCGCUUCUCAGCAGCAGACAUGACUCCCCAAAAUUACCGAGAUAUCUUCAUGGACGGAGACUUUCACUCGUUGUCGAGCCUAUCGCUCACGCACGACACGAGACGUGUACACAUACCCAUCCGCGAAAGCAUCGGAUACCUGCGCGUUCAUGCACCUCGCGCUUACGAGGCCCGCUUACCGGUAGCUCUUCCCGUCGCGUGUGGCGAUGAUCCUGGCAUCAACUUGUCCCUUCCGGGCCUGCGUUAUCUACACCUGGACGCCGACUCAUAUUGCCAGCCGGUCAACUUCAGUGACUGUAUGGGGUGGAUAUUGGGCCUCCUUCGGGGUGCAGCAGGGCUGGAGCAUCUGAGGCUCAAUCUGGAUUACCCUAUAGGCUCCCCUAUUGACUGGGCCACGUGCUUGGGAGAAGAGACAAUACGGCUCCCUGCACUUCGCAAUGUAGGUCUUGUAGGGGAACGCGCCGCUCGCAUGGACCAGUUUCUAUCGCGCAUUGCCGCCAAAGCCCUUCCGCGCACGCGACUCUGCGUUUGUUCACGUGCAAGUGGAUACGAUGAACUCGAUACCAAUCCCGAAUGUUUGGAAGGGUGUGGAAUGAUCAUUAGCAACGCGUUGCGUGCAUAUUUGCUUGACUCAGUGUGCAUCUCGGUACGAUGCGGAGGGAGAAAAUCAGGUUUCUGUUUUAUGGCGUUCUCGAGCUCUGAUGUGGCCAGCGAGCCCGCUUUCAUGGAUGUACUUUGGGAUGACGUCAAUCGUCAUGCCCGUCAUUCGGUGGGGCUGGAAGUACUGAAUCUCAGUCCCUUGCACGAUAUGGGAUGGGCCACGCUCGACCCACUAUCCCCAGGACUCGUAAACUCUGAUGUGGCAAAGGAAUUAUACCUCGAUAGCGCAAUGUUUGAGCAAACGCGGGUCAGCAACAUGCGGCGAUUCCUGCGCUCAUGCCUCCCGGGCAUCACCACCUUACAUUGUAUCGAGCAGCGAAACGGGCGGGGUGCCUACGAGGACCACAUAGAACCUUGCACUGUCUCUCUCAAUGUUCUCGUGGAAGGUGUCAACGACACGAGUGAGGACGCAGAUUCAGACUCACAGAAUCCCGAACUCGACAUCGGCCGCACAGGCGCCACAUCGACUGUCAGAGCACACGGUCCUUCGGGACAUCCGCGCCGUGGCCCACAAGAGGCAGCGUUGUCCAUCCUACCCAAUCUGACCACGCUCGUCGUUACCAUGUGGGUGACCAAGGAUAAGACGGAAAAGCCUAGUGAAAGAAGGAAGGACGUCGGCAUCUCGAGCGCCGACGUUACCGUCUGGUGGUCCGCGCUCCACCGCGCAUUGAAAUACCGCUACAACAUAGGCUUUCCUAUCCGUACCUUACGCAUUAUCGGCGGCUGGGCGUCGAAGAAGUUACGAGAUCGCACAGCGAAACUGGAUAGCGGGGAGCUCAAGAGCGUGACUGAGUUCGUCCAGGAAAUUGUCGACGAGCGCAAAGUGGAAGGGAACUUUUAUAUCAAGCCUGAUUCGUACGAAUAUUAA